UUGACAAUUGAAAUUUAACUUGCUAAUAUGUAUGUUUUGCCGGCUACUCGAAGAGAGCUUCGGCGCGAUUUUGCCCCGUAAUUUUAGCUGUUAUGAGAAUAUUACGCAGUGAUUUGUCAGACCUAUUUAUAGCGUGUAUGGUGCAGUUUCACAACACGCUUCUGCAUGGUGAUAACGCUGUAACGGUCAAUCCAAACCGCAGCCGGUAGCCCGUUUCUCUUUUGUCGGUGUAUUCUAUGUUGUCCAUCAUGCAAUUUGUGUAUAUUUCUCUCCCAACUCUGAUGCUGGUUUUAACGACCGGCAGUGUAAAAAGCCUUGAAUAUGUGAUGUUUGGAGUGAACAGCGCGCGGUCUAACAGUUCGUUUCCCGUAUCCAUUCUGGUGCUCAACGCCACAUCGGAUGUGCGCAUCGAUAUGGCGCUGAUUGGAAGGCCCCCUGCCACAUCGUACGAGAGUUCUAAUUAUGGUGGUCCUUACGGUGCUGAAUACUCGUAUCUACUGCCUUACACGUCCUUGAAAGGCGACAGAUGGUCGGUGUUCGAGGCAUCGGCCGUCAUCCACGCCAAUAAACUGGCUCACCUGGAGAUCGAUGUGGGUGACCUUUCCAAAGUGUCUAAAGAAACUUUGAUGUUUGUCCUUAACGGAUCGGACUCAUCAGACUCGUUCCGUACCGGGUUUUCCCCCAUUAGUAUCGACAACAGCGAGACGACGAGGCCAGAGACAAAACCGAAAACCAAGCGCAAUCGUUGUUUUCAUACAGACUGAUCAGCCGCUGUACAGAGCUAACGACACUGUGCGCUUCCGCGUCGUGUCGGUGGAAUCGGUGGACGGCCAACUACGGCCGCUGUUCGUGCCCUUUAACGUGCAG